AUGAGAGUCACGGAAGCCGUGGCCCUUUUGGCCUGGUUCGUUACUGUAUCUGCUUUCAGUGGUCGACACUCAGCACAUGAAGGUCUUCUGCAGAUUCCCCCCUCAUUUUCCUAUGAUGGGGUCAACAUGUACCCCGCGCUCCAUCCAGAGCAUAAUGCCAGCGAUAUUGGUCACCUAAUACCCCAUGGCACCAAGGACUUAUACUUCAGCCAAGAAGGACACCGGCCGGCUCUACACGGUGCAAAGCACGGUCAGUUGCAAGCCAACUUCUCCCGUCCCACCAUUGUCCUAGAACAUUCCAAUCAUGUCAAAGAAGUCAAUUGUGAUGAUGGAUAUAUUGAAGUGUGCUUCAAGUCUCCUGAAUCACUUGAAACUGUGGAAAAAUCUUGGAAAGAGUACAGUGACUCGGAAUCAUUCAAUGUGAUCACCUAUCAUAUUGGUUGUGGUCAUCGAACAGGAGAAUAUCGGUCUAUCUUCGUCGCCUCCCAUCCAAUCUUCCACGAUGAUUGUGUGACAGUGAAUGCUGAGCUCUCUGAUGAAAAGGACGAGAUUCGGGACGGGAAGUUGAACUGGGGGACAUACCAAAGCCCGCAUGCCAAACGUACACCAGUGAAAGGCCAUGUUAAAGUAGACCAGGCGCACCCCGCAAUGGAAAUGCCGUUAUUUUCCGAUCUUUCCAAUAAUCUCAGCAGGCCGCACAAGGCCGAUCUCACAAAGGAAGCGAAAGCAGUCAAGCUUUUCUUCGGGACUGAUUCAAUCAAUACGGAUGUCCCGGAUCAAUACGAGACAGGUCUUGACUUUAUCUCCGAUGAAGAUAAUGGGCUCUCUAAGCGAGGCCUGUUUUCUUGGAUUGUGGAAGGAAUACAAUCUCUCAUCAAGGUCGUUGACCAAGUGGUCAGGACUUCUGUUGAACUAGUCAAGGUUACUGUAGUGGUUGUGAUAAAGCUUGCUGCUGUGACCGUGAAUCUAUUGAUGGUUCCUUUCGGGGUCCCCUUCAACCAAAGUUACGAUGCAGACAUCGCUUUUGAUCAUCGAGUUGGCGGUGGGAAGAUUGGAACAGAUAUUGGCAGCACACUGGGGGGAACAGACAAGGGCUUGGUCCUCUCUAAAACGGGCGCAGCUGUGGCAGUCGAAUGUGAAAGCUGUGGAGCCAAGGCUAAUUUCAGCUUCGAGGGUGAACUGGCGUUCAGCAUCGACAAGGGCAUUUCCAAGGCAAAGGUGUCCUUCAUCAACCACGAGCCAUUUGUCUUCGAUGCUAUAUAUGGUGUCACUGUAGAUGCCAAGGCAAUUCAGGAGAGCGCCAAAAAAGGAGCCAAAGGCCUCAAAACGACAAUUGAAAAGGAAAUUGGUAGUUUGCCCUUUGCUGCCAUCAAAAUCCCAAAGAUCAUCACUAUUGGUCCCCAAGUUGUCAUUAACUCGGCCGCUAGCAUUUACGUUGAUGCCCAUGGAGAGUUUAGGGCCGGCGCAAGAUUCUCUGUUUCGGAAGGAGAGGUUGUUCUGGACGCGGCUACCCCUGCGAAUAACAAAGCUUCGGGAUUCAAACCAUCCCUAGAACCUAUUUUUGAAUUGAAAAAGGGGAACAUAGUUGCAACCGCGGACCUUUCAAUCCCAGUUGGAGUUGAGGUCGCUCUAGAUGUUCUUGGGGGCACCUGGAAGAAAUCUAUUGGGGUAUAUACCGCUCCUUCUCUCUUCUUCACUGCAGGGCUCUCGUCGGGCGAGGGCCACAAGUGUGAUAAUGGAGUCGAGUUCCGCGUUGGAGCCAAGAAUCGCGUGUAUAGCUCAGCUUUGGGAAUUUGGGAAUAUGAAUUUAAGGACCUCGGAACUACAUUCUAUGAGACUGGCCUUGGCUGUAUUUCAACCAAAGGGUGGGACCCCACACAGGUGGAACCAGGCGCUCUUUUCAAUCAGGUUGCCGAUACGUUCGGUGGUGAACAGAAACUUGCUACUAACAAAACUAUCAGCCUUGACAAGCCCGGCCCGAUCAUUCAUGAGGAUCAGGAAAUUGCAAAGGAUGCAGAAAGUGGCAAUAAGUUGAUAAAGUUGCCGAAGACCAAUGGUUUCCAUUUGAUUCAGGAUGCUAGUCAAAACUCAACCCUCGUCUCCGGAAAAGAUGGUCGGAUUUACUUGGUCGAGAACAAGCCUGGAUAUGACAUUAGUGCACCCUGGGGCAGUAUGGAAGUUGACAAAAAGAUAUUCAACUAUGAUGUAUUUGGCCGCCUUAUCUGGUUUGAUGCUGCAAUGCUUGACAAGCAUUCAAAGAUGGUGGAGAUGGGAGUGUCUCCCGCUCAAAACAUGAGCAGGAACGUACGAGCAGCAUCAUUUACAGUCCUUCAAAAUGACGGCAUCGAGAUUUAUGGCAUCUCUUUGAAGCGCAGCAUACAUGACGAGCGAGACGAGUUCUGGCUUCCUACCGUGUGCAAGUUUCCAAAUCAGGGUCUUCGGCUUUUCGCAACCUAUUACCUAGUGGAUCGAAAAGGUAUUGCCCUAGAUCGACAAUUCCAAAACUUUGCACCGACAUCCUGGCAACGAGACUACCGUGAGGAACGUGAGAAGUACGGAGUGGCUGCAGCCACUGACUGCAUCACUGUGAGACUGACUUCGAAUCGGAACAGUACUGUGGAGGCGGCAUCUUAA